AUGUCGUUCGAACAUGCCUCCGUAACGAAAGGGCUGAUAAUGGCAAGCGCACUGACGUCUAUACUUGUUGGUGUGUUUGAUGUAAAGCACUAUUUUCACCUCCAGUUCGUUCCCCACAUAUCAAGGCAUCACCAGUACUGGCGUCUCUUGACCCACAACCUCGCGUUUGUCAACUCGAGUGAUCUCUUUCUCGGAAUCGUGAUAUUCGGGACUAUCGGGGUCGAAGUCGAGAGGCGGUUUGGAAGUGUCAAGUUCGCUUCGUUUGCUAUCGUGACGUUGUUGGUUGGGACACUGCUGGAAUUCAUAGCCUUGAUUCUUUUCCACCAAGUGGGCCUCAAUCACAUCGCAUUGGGGCCGUCACUACUGGCCUUCAGCACCCUAUACCAGUAUUCAAGGAUAAUCCCGACUGUCUACACAUUCAAGAUCUUCGGGGUCCCUCUCAAUAGCAAAACCUUCAAUUACUUUUUAGGUUUCCAGCUAGCCAUCAGCCGUCUUCCUGGCUCUGCGACAGUGGCAGCCAUAGGUGUGAUGACGGGUCAAAUCUACCGUUCAGAUCUGGCAGGACUCAAGUCGUACCGAAUCUCACCAUCGACUGUUCGGUUUGCAGAGAAGUUCCUGGCACCAUUAGUGGGUUCACUUAGGGCGCCCCGUAGAACAAACCGAGCACUCCCCGACGAUAUGGGUAGUCGUCCGUGGGCGGGUUUAGCUGCACCCGCCGACGAAAUCAUCACAACCGCCAGACCAUCCGCACCUAGUGACACCACCGCCGCAAGAAAUCGCCCGAGUGCUGAUGCACCUACUGCCAAUUCGACAUCCAUGAUGCGGGAAUGGGUCAACGAGUUGACUGGGAGAUCAGAGAAUACAAGUGCUGGAGUGAGAGCCCCGUCAGAGGCGGAAAUUGCUCAGCUCACUAGUAUGUUCCCCGAUCUCGACCGAGAAGUGGUUAUCGCUGCUCUUCAGAGAAGGAGCAGUAGAGACACUACUGUUGUCGCAACGAUAGGGUCUACGUCAGUGACAGGAAACACUUUCGCCGUCGCGCCAUCUGUUACACCUUGGUUCACGGUGGUUCCUGGAAACACGGCGGUGGACAAGUAG